AUGAAUAGUAACAUAGUGUAAACGUAUGGUUCGGUUGAUUAAUGUCACAAAAAUACGCUAUAAAAAGUGCUUUUGGAGAAAAUUGUAUAAGAUUACGCUCUUGGUCGAAAAAAAUCCCCUUGGCGACUGUGACGUGGCCUCAGGGGAACGUUGAUAUUAAAACACGUUCUAAGCUGAGAGAAUACUGGAAAAAUAUGGAGGAGUACGAGGAAGAGUUUGGAGGUUUUGUGCAGUACGACGGACCUGUGGCGUACAACUACGAGCCAAUAAGACGAGAAAGGGGGCAGAGCCAGACGCCGGGGCCGGUCAUGGGAAGGAUAAAUGGUCACAGGAGAGAGAUGGAGAUGUGGAGCAUCGAAAACCAGUGGAGAGUGGAGCAGGUGUCCUGGUGCCUUUGUACCCAGUGCGAGUCCAUGACCUCGGCGUUGGAGAGCGUGUGUUGCAGGGAGAUAGAGGAAUAUCGCGCUCUUCUUGAGAAGCUCCCAGAGGACAUUACCAGAGACAUUACCUGCCUGACGCGUCGUCCUGGUUUCCAGGGUGUGUGCCUUGACCCUUAUGUGCUGGAGGUGGCAUAUUUGGCAUUCAAACAAGAACAUGGUCCUCUCCAAACCACCAAACCAGAGUAUGUUUCCAUCAAAGCAUUUCACAGAUAAUGUUUCUAUAGACUAAUAACACAUAUCCACUUACACCAACAUCUUUGUGGCACUGAUGCUGAUUGACUGAUGCAUACAGGAGUUUACCAUGUCCUUAAGUUGUGUAGCAAAAGUCAUUGUAACUGUCAACUUUAAUUGUAAUGAAUACCAUGAAAUUGCAAUAGUAAGAUGAAAAUUGUAAUUUCCCACCCUAGGCAAUAUCGAUACACAGCAUACCGACAGAUUGUCCGCUGGGCAUAUGGCACUUUGGGUCGACAGAUACGAAAACCUAUUCCGGCAUGCGUUGUGGCUGCAAUAAGGAGGCA